AUGUUUUUACUUUCUUCUUCUUCUUCUUCUUCUUCUUCUUCUUCUUCUUCUUCUUCUUCUUCUUUGUGCCAUUCUCUUCUUUUCGUCUCUUCUUUCCCGGAUAUCUCCUUCACUCUUUCUAUCUUUUUUUUUUAUCUCUUCUCUUCCCCACUCAUCUAUAUUCUUUUUCCUUCACUCUCUCUUUUGAUAUACAUUUCUCAUUCUCUCUUUCUAUCUCUAUUUGCCUAUUUCCAUCUCAUGGCUUACGGCCACAUAACAGAUAUCUCCCUUUUUUCUUCACCUUCCAUAUUCUCUUUCCUUGUCUCCUUUAAUUUCUGUCACUCUUUACACUUCUCCAUUAUAUUGUUUCUCUCUUUUUACAUUAUCUGUCAGAUAAUCUCUCCUUCACUUUCUCUCUGUGUUUCUCUCUCUCUCUCUCGCUCUCUGUCUCUCGCUCUCUGUCUCUCGCUCUCUUUCUCUCUCUCUCUCUUCUCGCUCUCAUCUCUCGCUCUCUGUCUCAAUCUCUCUCUCCAUCUAUUUGUCUUUUUACUCUCUCUCUCCAUUUUCUUUCUUUUCUUUCGCUCUCUGUCUUCUCUUUCUUUCUUCUCUUCUCUCUCUCUCUUCUCUCUCUCACGGUCUUCUCUCUGUCUCUCGCUCUCUCUCUCUCUCGAACUUAAUGUCAUUUUUCUCUGUCUCUCGCUGAUUCUCAAUCUCUCGCUUCUUUUUCUCUUUUAUUUAGUAUUCUGGUCUUUAAGAUGUCCUUUUACUAAAUUUUUUCUUUCUUUCACAACGAUAUCUAUUUGUCUUUUACUCUCUACUCCAUUUUCUUUCUUUCUUUCUUUCUUUCUUUCUUUCAAAACCUAUCUAUCUAUCUAUCUAUCUAUCUAUCUAUCUAUCUUUCUAUCUAUCUAUCUAUCUAUCUAUCAAUUCUUUUAUAUUCAAACCUAUCUAUCUAUCUAUCGCUCUCGGUCUUUACUAUCUAUCUAUCUAUCUAUCUAUCUAUUCUUUUUUACUUUUCUUCCCCACCUCCAUAUUCUUACGCAACUAUCUCUUUAUCCUAUUUUUCUUUCUUCGCUCGUUGUCUCCCUUACCGUUUCUGUUUUGCACUAA